UAUACUGAACAGUUAUGGUCGCUAGGCGGCAGUGGUGUGUUGCAAAUUUUUUUGCUGUCACCGGCUUUGUACGAAUUGUCAUUUAUUUCCUUUUUAAUGUGGGUAAUUCUGGCAUAUUUGCCGACGUCUUUAAACAGUAUUUAUGUUUUUAUGUAUAAAUAGUUUAGCGACCAGUUUUGCAAUCGAGAAUGCUAUUCGUGACACUUUAAAAUUUAUCUGAAGAUGUAGCCUAUUUGGAAUACAGUGCCGUACCAUAAAGCCGGUCUCAAGCAACAGUAAGGGGCUCCACAUCCUUUGGCUGCCGUUUGUUUGAUUUCAUGUAGUAACUGUAUUCUUCAUAUGCUUCAUUGUAAGUACGUACCGUCUUAAACGUUAAAUCAUAUAAAAUGUGCUACGGACUCAAAAGAAUCGUCUUCGCGGGGGAGGGAUUGGGCGGAGACGUCAUCACGGUAAGUAGCCAAUCAGAGGCAUGUGACGGUGACCUCAUUGGGUCAAACUUUACGGUUAAAGCCGCGUUGCUGUAAGGCGGCCGUGAUGUUCUUACUAUGGCAAUGUAGGCGGUAGGAAUGGAGGGGCUGCUCCUGAGAUUAAGAGCGUUUCGAUCCCGAUCGCAAUUUUCUGGGCUCUAUCACUGAAUUUAGCUCUCCGCUUAAUGAUCGGAGGAGUGACAUGAGGCGGACGCUCUAGGUGGUGGUUGUAUGGAGACGGGCGUGUUGCUACGUAGGCAGCGGACCCCAUCGGGAGCGGCGGCAGGCUACGGACGAGCCGACUUAUCGGGAGGCUGCCGCGUCGUAUCAUUCAGGGACGUCAGUUGGUUAAGUUGGGGGCGAUGGCAGGUCGAAGUCGAAGAGCGUGGUUCAGUGUGCUUCUAGGUCUGAUCCUCGGCUUCAUCCUGGCUUCCAGGCUCAUUUUACCCAGGGCGACGGAGCUGAAGAAGGCGGCUCACAACCGCAAGGCGGGCGCCGGAGGCUGCGGGAUGCGCGGCGUGGCCAGGGUGCACUGGGUCGACGGGCUCCGCGGGGAUGAGCAGGACGCCGCCAAACCGCUCGCAGCCUCCGGCUUCCUCUUCAUCGGAGUCAUGACCGCCCAGAAGUACCUGAACAGCCGGGCUGUAGCGGCUCACAGGACAUGGGCUCAGACCAUCCCAGGGAGGGUAGAGUUCUUCUCCAGCGAGGGCUCUGACACCUCCAUCCCUAUCCCCAUCGUGACGCUGAAGAACGUGGACGACUCGUACCCGCCGCAGAAGAAGUCCUUCAUGAUGCUCAAGUACAUGCACGACCACUACCUGGAGCAGUUCGAGUGGUUCAUGCGGGCGGACGACGACGUCUACGUCAAGGGCGAGCGGCUGGAGGCCUUCCUGCGGAGCCUGAACAGCAGCGAGGCCAUCUACCUGGGCCAGACGGGCAUGGGUGCCCGUGACGAGCUGGGCAAGCUGGCCCUGGAGCCCGGAGAGAACUUCUGCAUGGGCGGCCCGGGGGUGAUCAUGAGCCGCGAGGUUCUACGGCGCAUGGCGCCCCACAUCCGCCAGUGCCUGCAGGAGAUGUACACCACCCACGAGGACGUGGAGGUGGGACGCUGCGUGCGGAGGUUCGCCGGUGUCCAGUGCGUCUGGUCCUAUGAGAUGCAGCAGCUGUUCUAUGAGAACUAUGAGCUGAACAAGAAGGGAUACAUCCGCGACCUGCAUGACAGCAAGAUCCACCGGGCCAUCACACUGCACCCCAACAAGAACCCGCCCUAUCAGUACCGGCUGCACAGCUACAUGCUGAGACGCAAGAUCGACGAGCUCCGCUACCGUACGGUCCAGCUGCACCGUGAGAUCGUACAGAUGGGCCGCUACAGUAGUUCCGAGGUGCGCAAGGAAGAUCUGCAACUGGGGGUGGCACCCUCCUUCAUGAGGUUCCACCCACAGCAGCGGCAGGACGUCCUGGAAUGGGACUUCAUCACGGGACGGUACAUCUACUCAUCCGCCGAGAAGCAGCCCCCACGCCGGGGCAUGGACUCCUCACAGAAGUCGGCUCUGGAGGACAUAACAAUGCAGGUGAUGGAGAUGAUCAACGUCAACGCCAAAAUCAGGGGCCGCGUCAUCGAAUUCAAGGAGGUUCAAUAUGGCUACCGCAGAGUCAAUCCCAUGUACGGCGCAGAGUAUGUGCUGGACCUACUGCUGCUGUACAAGAAACACAAGGGGAAGGCCAUGACCGUCCCUGUGAGGAGGCACGCCUACCUACAGCAGACCUUUAGUAGGAUUUACUUCCAGGAGGAUGAGGAGAUUGACGCUGCUCACCUGGCCAGCAGGAUUAACCAGGACUCCAACUCGCUCUCCUUCCUCUCCAACUCCCUCAAGAUGUUGGUGCCGUUCAAGCUGGGUGGCUUGGAAACUGAACCCAAGGAGCCGAAGGAGGAGAAGGUUAACAUCCUGGUGCCACUGUUGGGCCGUCACGACAUAUUUGUCCGCUUCAUGGCUAACUUCGAGAAGGUCUGCCUAAUCCCAAACCAAAACGUCAAGCUGCUGAUCCUGUUGUUCAGCACCAACAACAGCACAGAGAGGCUACGGCAGACAGAGCUGAUGAGAGAAUACCAAGCAAAGUACCCCCGGGCGGACUUGGAGGUCAUGAAUGUCCUCGGACCUUUUUCCCGCGCCCUGGCUCUGCAAAUGGGCUCGACGCGCUUCUCCGACAACUCCCUGCUAUUCUACUGUGAUGUCGACUUACUGUUUACAGCCGAUUUCCUGAAUCGGUGCAGAAGCAACACGAUACUCGGAAAGCAGAUCUACUUUCCAAUCAUUUUCAGCCAGUAUGACCCCAAAGUUGUCUAUGCGGGAAAGGCACCCAGUGAAAACCAGUACGUAUUCACCUCCAAGACAGGCCUGUGGAGACACUAUGGGUUUGGGAUAGCCUGUCUGCAUAAGGCAGACUUGAUCACCGUGGGUGGCUUCAAUAUCUCCAUCCAGGGAUGGGGCCUAGAGGAUGUGGACCUCUUCAAUAAAUUUGUUGAAUCAGGGAUCAGACUAUUCAGAACCACAGACACUGGUAUCGUGCAUGUCCACCACCCCGUCACAUGUGACCCAAACCUUGACCCAAAACAGUACAAAAUGUGUCUGGGUUCUAAAGCGUCUUUGCACGGGUCCGCUCUGCAGCUGGCCGAACUCUGGUUAGCAAAGAAUGACCCCUCGCUGCGGGAAAUCCACGUCAGUAACACCAGUUCCACAAGGACCGUGUGAAGCACUGUGGUAGACUGAACUGGGGACUUCUAACUACCUAAUUUAUUUUUUAAAAAAAAGGACUAAAUGAAUAUAUUUUGGAAAUACUAUUUUCUAACAAGUGCUCAUUGGGUUCAAGGGGUAUUCGCAUUUUUGGUUUUUAAAAAGAAAAAAAUGAAAAAUAAAAUUUCGAUAUUCCAUUGGGCUUGGGAACAAUGACGUAUGUAUCAACAAAAAAUGUUUGCUAAACUAUGACCUCUAUAUGUAAUCUGAGAAGGUACCAUGAGGUAUUCUUGAGAGCGGUCCUGGAUUGUGUGUGUGUGUGUGUGUGUGUGUGUGUGUGUGUGUGUGUGGGGGGGGGGCUUUAAUCCUUUAUGGAUGUUUACAGGGCACUGCGUGAAGACUCCAUUCAUCAGUGAGAAGGGUGUUCCAAAAGCCAAGCGUAAUUAUCAUUACAGGCCUUAAAUUUACUAUCGAUUUUACGCCUUUUAAAAAAACAAAACAAUGCCGAAAAUCACUUGUUUCUAGAUUUUUUUGUUUCUUUAUCUGAGCACAACUGCUGAAAUAAAUUUCUGCAAAUAAUUUGUCGUCUAAUUUAAUUUAUUAACUGUCGGCCUACGUUUCUCCGUUAGGACUGUUUGUCCUCCACCAAAAAAAGACUCUUUUGGUUUCACCUUGCAUUAGAGGGAUGUCUUGUGGACACAUAGCUGUACUGACUAGCCUAGGAAGGCCAUACGCCGGCUGGAUUGUAAGGAGAAUGGGGCGACCGUGUCAUGCUAGCAUUCUUCAGGGCGUUAGCUUAGAGAGAGGGUGGAUGGUAUGAUGUCUUUUGGUCCCGGGAAUUUCUCCCCCGUGCUGGGAUGCGCCUGGCUUUGGCUGUUUUUGAUCUCUUGCCUUUGACUUAUGUCCAGCUAGGGAAGAUUUUCUAUGUAAUAAAUAAUAAAUGUAUCAAG